AUCCUGUACUGAUCCUGAGUUAUAUCCUGUAUUAUACUCCAGAGCUGUACUCACUAUUCUGCUGGUGUGGUCACUGUGUACAUACAUUACAUUACUUAUCCUGUACUGAUCCUGAGUUAUAUCCUGUAUACUAUUUUGCUGGUGAUGUCACUGUGUAUAGCUAUUCUGCACCCCUUCUAUGAGCAGAAUAUUUUUGUACCUGUAUGACAUCAUAUGAUCAUGGCGGUGAUGUGACCUCAGCAUGGAUGCAAGCAGUCACAGUGGUCACAUGAUCCAAAUAAGCCCCUUUAAUGUAUCAUUGCAGAUGUGUUACUCAGUUCCUAAAGGAGGACAUUGAGAUUCAGGACAUGACUGGGGACUGUUCCUGUGAGGGAGUGACACUUGGGAGGUCAGUGACCCUUAUGGCCGGUCUCCUCUGAGGUCAGCGCUGACAAUGUUGUGGUGUCUCGGUGACACAGGCUGGAUCACUUCCUGGGCGCUCACUAAGAAUCCGUGGGAGGAGGGAGAGGGGGCUGAGUCUACAGAAACUUCCACAUUCCAGUCCCAGCUGCUGGCGCUCAGGAAGAAAACAUGGAGACUGGAAUGCGGAGCCUGCUCUCGGAUAACAGCAGAUACGUGGAGUCCUUCCGCCUCUUCCUUAAGAAUUCCACCGAGCAUCAAUGCAUGCAGCAGUUUAUAGAGACCAGGCUGCCAGACGUUGUAUCCAGUAUAGGAAAUGGAAAGACCGCCAUUAAUGUCCUCGGUGUAGGAAGUGGUUCAGGUGAAAUAGACCUACAGAUGUUCUCCAAAAUCCAAGCCCGAUACCCCGGGGUCCCCAUCAAUAGCGAUAUCAUAGAGCCCAGCCCGGAGCAGAUCCUCAGCUAUAAGGAGCGAGUUGCCAAGACCCCGGGUCUAGAAAAUAUAAAUUUCAGCUGGUACAAGAAGACAUCUUCUGAAUUCGAGCUCCAAGUGAAGGAGGAGAAGUCGGAAAGAAAGUAUGAUUUCAUCCAUAUGAUCCAGAUGCUGUACUAUGUAAAAAAUGUGCCGGCAACACUGAAGUUUUUUAGGAGCCUUUUGGCACCAGAUGGAAAACUCCUUAUAAUACUUGUAUCAGGAAAUAGUGGGUGGUCUACACUGUGGAAGAAGUAUGGAUCCCGCCUGCCCCUGAAUGACCUCUGCCUGUACAUCACGGCAGGUGACAUUGAAGACAUGCUGAGUUCAGAGGGUGCAAAGUAUUAUUCUUUUGAUCUCCCCUCGGACAUGGACAUCACAGAAUGCUUCAUUGACGGGGACAGGAACGGGGACUUGUUGUUGGAUUUUCUAACAGAGACUUGUGAUUUUAACAAAAAUGCCCCUCCUGAGCUGAGAGGGGAGAUCAUCCGAGAGCUGAAGACCCCGGGGUGCAGCUCCAUAAAAGAUGGGAAGAUCAUUUUUAACAACAAUCUUAGUGCUGUAGUGGUGGAGAGUGACUAGGAAUGGUAUGGAGAAUAAGGCUGGGUUCACACUGUGGAAUUUCUGCCGGAGAUCGAGACGACGGCACUAGGACCGAGCGGACUACAUUCCUGUCCCCAUAGAUGGCAAUGCAUUUCUGAGCAGAUCUAUGGGGGCAGCAAUGCAGUCUGCUCGGUCCUAGUGCCGCCGGCUCGAUCUCUGGCAGAAAUUCUGCCCAGAAAUUCCACAGUGUGAACCCAGCCUAAUAAGUGACUUCUGGUUACUGGACCCGGGGAUUCCAAAAGUCAUCAAAACUUUACUCGUCUUACUAUUUCACAUUCUUAAAGGGGUAUUCCAGGCAAAACCAUAUAUAUAUAUAUAUAUAUAU